AUGUUAAUACCACAAAGACAAGUUAUUGAAAGAAUAUUUGGGUAUUUUAAGGGGAAAUUUCAGAAGUUUAGAAAUGAAAUUGAUAAUUUAGAUUUAGAUUUUGUUUCCAAGUUAUUUUUUGCCUCGGCUAUUAUUUAUAAUAUAACUAUUAAAGAAAGAAUAUCUGUAGAACUUGAAGAAGAAGUUUUAAGAAUUAUAGAAAGUGAUGAAGAUAAUAAAUAA